AGAACGUUCCAAAACAAAGUUGUUAAGGUGCCGAUAGAUGUGUUUAAAUGCGUGUAAACACUCUAACCUUAACAUAUCAACUGCUAUUCAUUAAAUAAUUUCUUAAAGUGUUUAGUAGCCUAUAAUGAUGCGAAAGGCGCAGUCUGCAGCAUCGAGCGCCGCCGAUGAUGUUGUGGUGCUGCAGCUCCGAGCGUUCUGGAGGAAAUACGAGCAUCACUGCAUUCAGACGGACAGCUGUCCCAGUGCAGUGCUCAAACAGGACAUCCUUCACCAAAUCGACAAACAGCAGCCUCUCAAAAAGAUAAUGCUGUCGUUUCCAGAUUGCGGGCCGUCAGACGCUGUACUGCCCAGCCUUCAGCCUCUGUUAAUGGCAAUACGAGACGAGCGUUACACACAUGCACAAGAAUUCCACAUCUGGAGUCUGUCUCUCAAGCAAAAAGAUAUAGUUGAGCUGUGUCUUCUUUUGGAGAAGAGGGGAAGGACCGUUUAUUCCUUCAAAUCGCUGGAGCUACUUGAUUGCAAACUAACUGAAUGGUCUCUGGAAAGACUGGCCACGGCUGCAGGCGUCAGCUACCUCACCACUCUCUGCCUGGACUACACACGCGUGGGACAGGAAGGGUUGAAAGGUUUGCUGAGUGGAGGUUUGGGGGCCAGUCAAAUAUCAUCCCUGAGUUUGUGUUAUUGUGGUUUGGAUUCAUGGAGUGGAUCUCUGCUAGCUUCACUUCUCACCAACAGUUCUGUGAGGGAGCUCUACAUCAAUGGCAAUGAGCUGCAGUGUGUGGGUGCCAUUGAGCUCCUGAAACCUGUGGCUGAAAACAGCCAAAACCUGGCAGAGAUCCAAAACAGAACCACAUCCAUCACAGAUGAGACAGAGCUGAUCUCCCAAAGGAGCAAUAUGACAUCCUCCAGACAAAAGAAAGCAAAGAUCAAAGGGAGGAAGACAAAGAAGAAAAAAGAAGAAACCAAGAGCGGCUGUGGCGCUGCACGGGGCCCGUGGCUGAAGAAGCUGCACAUGUUUGACAAUUCCAUUGAUGACUCAGGAAAGGAAGGACCAGAUCAGUUAACGCGAUUCCUGGAAAUCCUUUGCAUUAUAGUUAAGUUCUGCAGUUACCUGACCGAACUGGAUCUCGGUGAAAAUCACAUCGGAGAAGAUGGUGGGAAAGUGCUUUUAGAGGCCUUGAGAGACAGACAAGCCGCUAAACUAUCUCCAGUAAAAAUCCAAGUUUCAACACGCAUGUCCACAGAAACAUUCGGUGCCAUUUUUAGAAGUGCAAAGGAGCUUAAAUCUGGGAAAAAGAGGAGAAGGAUGAAGGUGCAGUAUGAGAUUUUGUGAUUUACACACUUGACUAAACCAUUGACACUAGAGAUUUAUUUUUGAUCAGUGUUUCUAGUCACAAGGCUUCAAAUCAUUUUAAGGACACUAGUGUCUUGGAAUUUUGUUAAAUGUAAUUGAAUUCAGUGGUCUGCCAUAAUUCUCAUAACUAUGUCAUUUUUUAUUUCUAAAGGGAAAAACGAAGUAGAUUGUCUGUCUGGAGGAUAUUGAAAGAACAUUACUUAUUUAGACAAGAAUGUUUUUCUGGAUCAUUUCUCCAUAUUUUCAGUUGUCACCAUAGUUUUUAGAAAUCGCUUUCUUUUCAUGUGGUCUGAAUAGUGUUUGACAACAGCCGUGCACCAAAUGUGACCGCACAACAAACUUCCAGAUUAUGAAGCUCAUUUGUCAGCGCUGCACCAGCAGGGGUUCUGGAUCAACUCUUAUUUUAUGUCGCUCUGUUGGGAGCUCAAAUAGCAUUAGGAUGUUUGUUCUUAAGUGCUUCUUUCUUUUUUCUUGUCCCUUCAAGUAUGAAGGCUUCAGGGAUCCUCAAAUGCAAACUGUGUGUUUUAGAUCAAGAGAGCAAUUUUUUAUUUCGUUAUUUUUAUUCAUUUAUAAUCAUCUGUUCAUAAAUCUUUUAUAAUCAUUAGCAGAGAUGGCGAAAUACACAUAUUCUUCAUUCAAGUAAGUACAGAUACUUAUGUUUAAGAAGACUCUGGUAAAAGUUGAAGUACUGACUACACUCUUUUACUUAAGUUAAAGAAAUCGAAAGUCAGAAGUCAUUAGCAUGGGUAUAUUUGUAGCAAUAGCCAACAAUACACUGUAUUGGUCAAAAUUAUACAUUUUUCUUUUAUGCCAAAAUCAUUAGGAUAUUAAGUAAAGAUCAUGUUCCAUGAAGAUGUUUUGUAAAUUUCGUACCGUAAAUAUAUCAAAACUUAAUUUUUGAUUAGUAAUAUGCAUUGCUAAGAACUUCAUUUGGACAACUUUAAAGGUGAUUUUCUCAAUAUUUUGAUUUUUUUUGCACCCUAAGAUUACAGAUUUUCAAAUAGUUGUAUCUUGACCAUAUAUUGU